AUGGAGAACCCGGGGCCCCCCUGCGCGCUCUGCUCCCGGGAGGACCAGGGCCGCGGGGCCGAGGCCGGGGGCACCUUUGCGCCGGGAGCGUGCAGCCAGGCCGCGGCUCCGGGAGAGGGCAGCCUGCAGCCGCCGGACGCGCAGGCACCCUGCGGUCUGCGCGCAUCGCUGUGCUUCAGCUCCGGGGACGACUCCCCGCCGCAGUCUCGCGUCCCCGCAGCGGAGGGCGCAGCGUCGCCCCCGCCCUCGCGUCGCAGCGGCCAGCGGGUGGUGGAGACGCAGUGGGAGGUCGGCAGCGCGGGCGCCGCGUCCCCCGCGGGUUCUGUGUCCCCGGAAGAGCCCGCGUCCCUGGAGGAGCCGGUGUCCGCCGAGGAGCCCGCGUCCCCGGAAGAGCCCGCGUCCCUGGAGGAACCCGUGACCCCGGAAGAGCCCGCGUCCCCGGAGGAGCCCGGGGACCCCGCGCCCGUGCCCCCCGGCGUCGGGCCCGCGCACGGGGAGCCCGACCUGGUCAUCGAGGUGUCGGGCCGCCGGCUGCGGGCGCACAAGGCGGUGCUGGCGGCGCGCAGCGACUACUUCCGCGCGCGCGCGUCGCGGGACGUGCUGCGGGUGCAGGGCGUGGGCUGGGCGGCGCUGCGCCUGCUGCUGGCCUACGCCUACAGCGGCCGCAUGGCGGGCGUGCGGCCCGACAACGUGGCCGAGGUGGUGGCCGGCGCGCGCCGCCUGCAGCUGCCGUGCGCCGCGCAGCGCGCCACCGACGCCGUGGCGCCGCAGCUGAGCCUGGCCAACUGCUACGAGGUGCUGAGCGCGGCCAAGCGGCAGCGGCUGGCGGAGCUCCGCGACGCGGCCUACCGCUUCAUGAGCGACCACUACCUGGACGUGCUGCGCGAGCCCGCCGUGUUCGGGCGCCUGUCGGGCGCGGAGCGCGACCUGCUGCUGCGCCGCCGCCUGCGCGCCGGCCGCGCCCGCCUGCUGGCCGCCGCGCUCGGGCCGGCCGGGGAGCGCGCGGGCAGCCGCCCGCAGAGCCCGUCGGGGGACGCGGACGCGCGCGGCGACGCCGCCGUCUACUGCCUGCACGAGGCGGCCGGCGAGUGGCGCGAGCUGACGCGGCUGCCCGAGGGCGCGCCGGCGCGGGGCUGCGGGCUCUGCGUGCUCUACAACUACCUCUUCGUGGCCGGCGGCGUGGGGCCCGCGGGCGCCGACGGCCGCGCGCGCCCCUCGGACCGGGUCUUCUGCUACAACCCGGCCACCGGGCGCUGGAGCGCCGUGCGGCCGCUGCGCCAGGCGCGCUCGCAGCUGCAGCUGCUGGCGCUGGACGGCCACCUGUACGCCGUUGGCGGCGAGUGCCUGCUCAGCGUGGAGCGGUACGACCCGCGCGCCGACCGCUGGGCCGCCGUGGCGCCGCUGCCGCGGGGCGCCUUCGCCGUGGCGCACGAGGCCGCCACCUGCAACGGCGAGAUCUACGUGUCCGGGGGCUCGCUCUUCUACCGCCUGCUCAAGUACGACCCGCGGCGCGACGAGUGGCAGGAGUGCCCGUGCAGCAGCAGCCGGGAGCGCGCCGCCGCCAUGGUGGCCCUGGACGGCUUCGUCUACCGCUUCGACCUGGGCGGCGGCCGCGGCGACCCGCAGGCGGCCGCGCCGGGGGCGGUCAGCGUGCUGCGCUACCACUGCCUGGCCAGGCGGUGGAGCCGCUGCGCCGCCGCCCUGCGGCCCCCGGGCGGCGGCCUGCAGCCCUUCCGCUGCGUCGCGCUGGACGGCGCCAUCUACUGCGUGAGCCGCGCGGGCACCUGGCGCUUCGUGCCCCCGCGGGACCGCGAGCCGGGCGCGGGCGACGGCGACGGCGGCAGCUUCGAGCCCGCGCCGCUGGGCGCCCCCGUGGACGUGCGAGGCGCGCUCUUCCCGUUCGUGCUGCACCUGCCCGAGAAGCCGGACAGAGGCGAGGAGGGCGCCGCGUAGGGCGGGCUGCGAGUCCCCCCGCAUCUCCCUCAGGGGCGCCCCCCGUGGGCUGAGAUCCCAGCGGGAACGGGGGGAG